AUGCCACCAGUUUCAGCAUCUAAAGCUAAGAGAGACGCCAAAAAAGCCGAGAGAGAGGCUAAGAAGAAGGAAGCGGGCAAGACAGUAAGAAAACUCGGAAAGAAGAAGGAAGCUGCAGCACCAGAAGAUGAGACUGAGCAAGCUACCAAUCAAAUUGCUCAAAUGAAAUUGCAACAGGACGAACAUGGUAUUUCUGACCGUGUUGUGACCGGUGUUCUUGACUCGCUGGAGACUUCCAGAGAUAUCAAACUGUCAUCUGUGUCACUACUUUUCCACGGUAAGGUUUUGAUCCAGGAUUCAGUUCUUGAACUGAACUACGGCCGUCGUUACGGUCUUUUGGGUGAAAAUGGUUGUGGUAAGUCUACGUUUUUGAAGGCUUUAGCGACGAGAGAAUAUCCUAUCCCUGAGGCGAUUGAUAUUUAUUUGUUGGAUGAACCGGCUGAACCAAGUGAAUUCUCUGCCCUUGAAUACGUCGUCAGGGAAGCUGAACACGAGUUGAAGCGUUUGGAAGACUUGGUUGAGAAGAUCAUUAUUGAAGAAGGUCCAGAGUCUGAGCUCUUGGAGCCACUAUACGAAAAGAUGGACUCUAUGGAUCCUGAUACUUUUGAAAGCAGAGCCGCUGUCAUUUUGAUCGGUUUGGGUUUCAACGCAAAGACGAUUUUGAAGAAAACGAAGGACAUGUCCGGUGGCUGGAAAAUGCGUGUCGCUUUGGCUAAAGCGUUGUUCGUUAAGCCAACUUUGCUCUUGCUUGAUGAUCCAACGGCCCACUUGGAUCUUGAAGCCUGUGUGUGGUUAGAAGAGUAUCUGAAGAGAUUUGAUAGAACUUUGGUGCUCGUUUCCCAUUCUCAAGAUUUCUUGAACGGUGUUUGUACCAACAUGAUCGACAUGAGAUUGCAAAAACUGACUCAAUACGGUGGUAACUAUGAUUCCUACUUCAAGACCCGUUCUGAAUUGGAAACUAACCAAAUGAAACAAUACAACAAACAACAGGAAGAAAUCACUCAUAUCAAGAAGUUUAUUGCGUCUGCCGGUACUUAUGCCAACUUGGUUAGACAAGCCAAAUCCAGACAGAAGAUUCUGGAUAAGAUGGAGGCUGAUGGUUUGAUUCAACCUGUCGUUCCAGAUAAAGUGUUUUCAUUCAGAUUCCCACCUGUGGAAAGACUUCCGCCACCAGUAUUGGCGUUUGAUGAUAUAAAUUUCUCAUACGACGGUAACGCAGAGAACAACCUGUAUGAACAUUUGAAUUUCGGUGUUGAUAUGGACUCAAGAAUCGCUUUAGUUGGUCCAAACGGUGUGGGGAAGUCGACCCUGCUGAAGAUUAUGACUGGUGAGUUGACUCCACAGACUGGUCGUGUUUCUAGACACACACACGUUAAAUUAGGUGUCUACUCGCAGCACUCUCAGGAUCAAUUGGAUUUGACCAAAUCCGCUUUGGAAUUUGUUAGAGACAAAUACCCACAGAUUUCACAAGAUUUCCAAUACUGGAGAGGCCAAUUGGGUCGCUAUGGUUUGACAGGUGAAGGUCAAACUGUGCAAAUGGGCACUCUAUCCGAGGGACAACGUUCGCGUGUUGUGUUCGCUCUUCUUGCUCUAGAACAACCAAACGUUUUGCUGCUGGACGAACCUACUAACGGUUUAGAUAUUCCAACCAUCGAUUCCCUGGCUGAAGCCAUCAACGAGUUCAACGGUGGUGUCGUUGUUGUCUCGCACGAUUUCAGACUUUUGGAUAAAAUUGCCAAGGACAUUUUCGUUGUUGAACACAAGACCGCUACUAGAUGGGACGGUUCCAUUCUAGAAUACAAGAACAAGCUUGCAAAGAAUGUUGUGUUGUAA